AUGCGUUCGAUGCGACUGAUCCCUCUCCUCGCCCUCUUCACGACGACAAUCCUCGCCCAACAACCUCAUCUCCCUGACAUCCCCGGAAUCUCCUUCGACGACAACCCGCCAUGCGCCAUCCCAUGUAUUUUAGGGGGAAUCAACCAGACUCGCUGCUCCGUAAACGAUCAGGCAUGUCUGUGCCGUGACGAGGAUUAUCUCAAGUACGUCGAGGGGUGCUCCGUCUUGAGUUGCCCGCUUAAGUAUGCCUUGCAGGUGCAAAACAUCACUUGGACGGCGUGCGAUUUCCCACUCAGCGACGAGGUCGCCGCAACGAAAGCCGUCCGUAUUAUUCUUUUUGCGGUGCUACCCACCCUAUCGAUCAUCCUUCGGGUCAUAUCCAAGCUUGCGCGGCUAUCUCCAUGGGGCUGGGAUGAUUACACGAUUAUCGUGGCGUAUGUGAUACUUCUCGGCUAUGUCUGUUUACACAUGUACCUGGAAAACAACGGCGCUGGCAAAGACCUGUGGACUCUCAGCGACCAGCAGAUCACCAACUUCUUCAAGGCCUUUUACGCCCUUCAGACCCUGUAUCAUUCAUGCAUAGACCUGAUCAAGGUAUCCAUCCUCUUCAUGUACCUCCGAAUCUUCCACCUUCCUGGCGAAAAGGUCCGCAUCGUUCUCUGGGUGACUCUGGUCCUCAACGUGUGCAACGGGCUGUGCUUUAUCUUCAUUGGUCUGUUCCAGUGCAAACCCGUCAGUCUGGCAUGGACUUUCUGGACCGGGGAGGCGACGGGGAAGUGCAUCGAGAUCGUGAAGUUGGCCCUGGCUCAUGUCAGCAUCAACAUCUUUCUGGACGUGUGGAUGAUCAUCAUCCCUGCUACCCAGGUUUGGAGCAUGAACCUGGCGCUGAAGAAAAAGCUCGCCAUCAUGUUCAUGUUCGGUCUUGGUCUGUUUCUCACCGUCGUGAGUUGUUACCGCAUCACGCAGAUUCUGGAGUUCAAGAAGUAUCCACUGAAUCCGACCGUCGCCAUGAUGCCCAGCCUCAUCUGGUCGGAUAUCGAACUGUACGUGGGUAUCUUCACCGCGUGCAUACCGAACCUGCGCCAGUUCUUCGUCAGGUUCAUCCUGCAAAAGUCCGAAAAGAAGCAGCGCCUGAGCUCGGCCGUUUCGGAGGCCAGGAAUUCGGCCUUCCUCUCAAAAGGCAAGAGGUCGCAGCAGCUCAGCGAAAUCGACACGAUAUGCGCCGAUGAGAGCUAUAACUCAUCGCCCCGGUCGAGGUCGAGCCUGCCACACCUGCCGCAAGUGUAA